UAUGUAUAAAGCAAGAAAUAUAAAGGUUUACUAUCUCUUUGAUUAAAUAUUUUUUGGUAUUUUUUUGAAAUAUAUUUUUCUUAUGACAAAAUCUUUAAAAUGGCUAUUAAGGAGAAUUUUCCAUUAUUAAAAUGCCAAAACCCUAAAAACCUUUUUUAAAAAACCCUAAUAAAAACCUAAACCGGACAACGACUCUUGUUUGGCCGUUUAAACUCUCACCGUAAACAAAAAAAAAGGUGGAAAAAAGCAAGAGCUUCCUGUCUCAGGCAAACCUUUAGCCGCCGUCGAGAGUCCGAUGACAGAAUCAGGCAAGAAGAGUAAGAAGAACAAACACGGAGAGGAAACUCAGGAAGUAGAAGUGCAGAAAGAGGUCACCGAUGGUAAGGUGUUGAGUAAUAAAGAGAAGAAGAAGCGCAAGAGAGAGGAGAAAGAGGAAGAGAAUAAAGUCCCUGACGUAUCAGGUGUUAGCAACGGAGGCGGAGUAGAAACUGAACAGAAGGUCGUCGUUACCGGAAAAGAUGUGGAGGAAGCCAAGUACGCAGCUUUAACAUCUUUCGCUGAAUCAAAGUUGCCUGACAAUGUUCUUGAUUGCUGCAAGACUUUCCAGAAACCUUCUCCCAUUCAGUCGCAUUCGUGGCCUUUCUUGUUAGACGGUCGUGAUCUUAUCGGGAUCGCCAAAACUGGUUCAGGUAAGACAUUGGCGUUUGGGAUUCCUGCGAUUAUGCACACGUUGAAGAAAAACAAGAACGGUAAAGGAACUAGGAAACCGACAUGUCUUGUUCUUUCUCCGACGAGAGAGUUAGCUGUUCAGAUUUCUGAUGUUUUGAGUGAAGCUGGAGAACCGUGUGGUUUGAAAACGAUUUGUGUGUAUGGUGGAAGCUCUAAAAGGCCUCAAAUUAACGCUAUUCGAUCUGGAGUUGAUAUUGUCAUUGGUACACCAGGUCGUUUGAGAGAUCUGAUUGACUCUAACGAGCUUCGUCUCUCUGAUGUUUCCUUUGUGGUAUUGGAUGAAGCAGAUCGAAUGCUUGAUAUGGGUUUCGAGGAACCAGUCCGGUUUAUACUGAGCAAGACGAAUAAAGUUCGUCAGAUGGUAAUGUUCAGUGCAACUUGGCCUAUGGAAGUCCACAAAUUGGCUCAGGAAUUCAUGGAUCCAAACCCUGUCAAGGUAGUCAUAGGUUCUGUAGACUUAGCUGCCAACCACGACGUUUUGCAAAUCAUCGAGGUGUUGGACGAUCAUACUCGUGACCAGCGCCUCGUUGCUUUACUAGAAAAAUACCACAAGUCUGAAAAAAACAGGGUUUUGGUGUUUGCCUUAUACAAGGCAGAAGCUGACCGUCUUGAGCGUUUCCUUCACACAAGAGGCUGGAAAGCUGUAUCUAUACACGGAAACAAACCACAGAGCGAACGUACCAGAUCUUUGGCAUUGUUCAGAGAAGGAUCCUGUCCGUUACUGGUGGCUACUGAUGUAGCAGCAAGAGGGCUCGAUAUCCCUGACGUGGAAGUUGUGAUAAACUACAGUUUCCCUCUAACAACAGAGGAUUAUGUACACAGAAUCGGGAGAACAGGAAGAGCGGGUAAAAAGGGCGUUGCGCAUACCUUCUUCACACAACAGAACAAGGGUCUUGCUGGAGAGCUUGUGAAUGUUCUCAGGGAAGCUGGACAAGUGGUGCCGGCUGAUCUUUUGAAGUUUGGCACUCAUGUCAAGAAAAAGGAAUCAAAACUUUAUGGACCUCAUUUCAAAGAAAUAGCAGCUGAUGCUCCAAAAGCUAAGAAGAUUACAUUUGCUGAUUCUGACGAUGAAGACUAGUUUUUUUUCUAGUUAUCUUAUGUUUAACAUAUAGUUGGAUAUUAUAAAACCUGCGUUUGAUUUUCGUCUUGUUAGUCGGCUCUGCCCGAAUAUAACAUAAAUUUUGUUUUACCAUUUUCAUUAUUUUUGUAUUCUUUUGUCAUAUUGUUUGGUUAUAAAAUACACAAGACUAUUA